CGACGGGUUUUUAAACUCCGCUUGAAUUAUACUCACCGCUACGGAGACCGUUCCGUUUGAUCACUCUCGUAUAGGCAAGCCGAGAUCUUGAGCACGACCCCAAGUCGGCAAGUAGUGACACGCCGUUUGAUGAUUGCUGCUUGGGUCAGGCAAGAGAAGAGGUUCCAGAAUCCUCCUUCUCCCGACCCAAUCUCGCUGAUGCAUGUUACUAAUCCUAGUAGACCACGAGGUCUCACAUAGACAAGCCAUCAUGCAAACGAGAUUCAUCUCUCAAGCUUGGCAGAAAUUCGAGAUCAUGAGAUGGGGUAAACUUGCCAUUGUGGCAGAAACGGGAGUUUCUUCUUUCUAGGCUGUGUCAGUUCUUGAAACAAGUACAAGCAUUCCGAAAUGGGGAAGUCCUUCCGUUCAACAGAAGUCCUCGAGCGCAUUGACUCGAUUUUCGGUGGGAUUGCUGGUACAUGGAUGACGGGACGUUCAGGAACCACAUCUCCUGUCAUGAGCAUGGGGUGUAUUGCUUUCUUUGUUAUUUUGUCGGCCCCUGGUCCAGCUUUCAACGGCUGACUGCAGGAACACAGCUAGGGCUCCAUGGAGCCCCUUCCCUUGGAGGGGUCGAGGUGGGUCGAUCUAGUGCCUCAUAGCCUAUUGAAAGCUUCGAGGUGUUCGUUCCAUCAGCUCAUUACCACGCGAUGCAUUUGGUGGGUAAAGGUUUUGCUGGUUCGGCAUUCCUACCAGAAAGUCGGACUUUUUGAUCUAGAGAAACCAUGGCAACUCCUCCGCAAUCGUCGUCUUCGUCUACGAGUUGGUCGUCGUGGUCAGCGUCCAGUGUCAAGAA